CUCAAACUUACUACUUAGCUUACCCAAAAAGACCAACCUUUAUAGCAUCUUUCUGUUCUAACAUCAAAUUAUCAAUGGUAGUAGACAAAUUAGCAAAACUCUUCAUCAUGAAGAAGAAUCACCACAAGUGUCAUCCUCAACCAAACCAAGACUUAUCAUCUUCAUCACUUCAUUCUUUUCACUCUCAUGUUUCCAAAUGCAUUCAUCAAUUAGCAUUGGAAUUGGAACCUGAGUCAGAGUCAGAAACUUUGUCACUGUCAUGGUUUCAAACAUGUUUUGGUCUCUUGCCCUUCAUCAACAAAGCUUUUGCAAAACUUUUAGUGGACAGUGAUCAUCCAAUGAGUCAAUGGGAGGUUGAUUCCAUUGAAGAGUAUCUCAACUAUACCCUGAGUUUGUUGGACCUUCUGAAUUCCAUUUCUUCUUCUUUUUCUCAUCUUUGCCAAGCUAGGCUUUCUCUAGCUCAUGGUUUGAGUUUGACUUUGAUGGAAAAAGAAAAGUCACAUUCUUUGGCUAGAAAACAUUUGAAAGCAAUUCAACCAUCAGAGUGUUUUAGCUCCAAUUUUGGUAGAUAUCUUCACACGAAAGAUCAAAAAGCAAAGAAUUUUUCCGGUAAGGAGUGGAUUAUUCAUGAGGGUGUAAAGGAAAUGAAGAGUAUUGGAUUUUGGGUUUGUGGAGUUCUCUUAUCUUGCUUAUAUGGUGAUUGUAAUCCAUACAUGGAACUAAGAAAAACUGGUGGUGGGUUUGAAAGUUCUCUAGUUGCCACACUUGACUUCAAAAUCAGUGACAAGUUAGUGAAGAAAAAGCCGAGCUUCUGCGAGAUCAAAGAGAUGAAUAAUGGUGUUGCUUACCUUGUUGGUGGGGAUGAAGUAAGACAUGAUGCAGCCAAAGAUUUGCAGAGAAAGCUGUGUGAGUUAAAUAAGCUAUUUGAUGAUAUAAGCAAGGAAGUUGAUAAUUUAUUUAAUGAUGUAUUGAGUCAGAGAGCUAAAUUAGUUAAUGGAUCUCGACUACAGAAACAGCUACAAUAAUCCAUUAAUUGUUUGAUUCUUUCACAGCUUAUCAUCAAUAUCCUUGGCAUUUGCCAGAGGAUUAUGAUAAAUAUUCUGUGUUCAUGGACAAAAAAGAGGUGAGAGAAAUGAAUGUGAAUGUUGUGGAGAAGCUUGGAAAUAUUUCUUUGAGAGAGAGAGAAAACAUGAGGAGGUAUAUUGUAUAUGAACUAUUUCCUGGAUUAGUAUAUGGUGAUCACAAUGCUGAGCUUGAAAAGUUUCAGGAUGCAUUUGCAAUUACUAUCAAUAAUCUGCUUCAUAGGGUUAGCAAAUUUAAGGACUAGUUAUUUUGUUUCAUUGUUGAAUGAUUACUAAUUUUUUUUGUUUAUCAAUCUAAAUCCAUGAUCAUGUAUGUAAAGCUUUCUUGAGUUGCAAGCAACCUUCAAAAUAGUUUUACAACGAAAUCUAAUAAGACUUCAUAACAUUGCCAUAUAUAGGCCUGUUAUAUAAUUGCGAAAUACAGGAUUCUCAUUUGAUGUCAAUGUAAGACUAGUGUAAACUUACGAUGCGACUCAUCCUUUUUGUCGUGACUUAAUCAAUUUUAGUACUUAAUCUAUUUUUUAAAAACUUUGAUAUCCUUCCAACGAGAUUCCAUGCGAUUGGAAUGAUCAUUUUGUACAUAAACCCCAAACUUGAAGUAGUGAGUACCAGCUCCGAGCCAGCCCCAUCGCGCUUGAGAACUCC